GUGUAUCCCUACGCUAGUUCUGUGAUUUUAUGCACAUUUAUUUUGAAAUCAUGAUUAAACUGUUAUUUAUCGGUAAAUUUCACUUAAUAUGUAAAUAUAUUGACUCAGUGCAGUAAUGUUGAUAUGUAUUGUACAUUUUGAAUUUUUUGGGAAAUUAUCACAACAUCACUGUCACACGGCGGACUUCUACUGCAAAAUCACACCGGAACUAUUUUCCUUUUUCUCGUAGCAGUCAAAAUGACGCAAAAGAGACGUAAUAACGGGCGUAAUAAGAAGGGACGUGGUCAUGUCAAGCCUGUUCGUUGUACCAACUGUGCACGGUGUGUCCCGAAAGACAAGGCCAUAAAAAAAUUCGUCAUCAGAAACAUAGUUGAGAGUGCUGCUGUCAGAGAUAUAUCGGACGCUAGUGUAUAUGAGGUCUAUGCUCUACCUAAACUUUAUGCCAAACUACACUACUGUGUCAGUUGUGCUAUUCAUUCAAAAGUUGUCAGAAACAGGUCGAAAGAAGCUAGAAAAGAUCGUACACCACCACCAAGGUUCCGACCAACGCCUGGCGGGGCACCACGAGCUGGACAGAAGAAUGUGUAAUAAUAAACUAAACAAUUGCAAUGGACUGUGACUGUACAAUUUAUUAGUACUCAAUCAUUAAAACCAAAUAAAAAGCCACAGAGUAAAUUCA